AUGCAAGGCUUCAACAUGGGCCGGUACGUGCCCCCGGAGCACGCGGGGCUCGCCUCGGCCAACGCCCUGCACGGCAAGCACCCGCUCGGCAAGCGCGCCCGCCCGGACGGCGCCCUGGUCGUGCGCUUCGAGAUGCCCUUCCCCGUCUGGUGCACGACCUGCCGGCCCCGCGAGACGCUCAUCGGCCAGGGCGUGCGCUUCAACGCCGAGAAGCGCCGCGCGGGAUCCUACCACUCGACGCCCGUCUGGGCCUUCCGCAUGCGCCACCCGCCCUGCGGCGGCGCGAUCGAGAUCCGCACCGACCCGGCCCACACGGCCUACGUCGUCGCCUCGGGCGGGCGCCGGCACGACGCCGCGGGCGACGGCGGGGCCGGCGAGUCGCUCGUGUCCGCGUCGGGCGAGGUGCAGCUGCGGACGGCGCGGGAGCGCGACGCCGCGCGCGGCAGCGCCUUCGCCCACCUCGAGCGCACGAUUGAGGACCGCGCCGCCCUGGCCGCGGGCAGGCAGCGCAUCGGCGAGCUCGCCGAGGCCGCGGGCCGGCGCUGGGACGACCCCUACGCGCGCAACCAGGCGCUGCGGCGGGCCUUCCGGGCCGGGCGGCAGGAGAGGGAGGCCGAGGGCGCCGCGGCCGAGGCGCUGCGGGACCGCCUGAGCUUCGGGCUCGAGCUCGUCGCCGCGAGCGACGAGGACGCGCGCAGGGCGGCGCUCGUGGACUUUGGGACCGCGGAGCGGGACGCGGCGGGCGCCGUGGACAAGGCGCUGGCGCGGCCGCUGUUUGAGGGCGGGGCGGCGUCUGCUGCGGACCGCACCGACAAGGGCGCCGGGGAGGUCCUGAGGAGUAAUAAGAGGAGCUCGACGAGAGAUGGGACGCCAAAGACCAAAAAGCUCAAGUCCGAAGUCGUGGCGGACAAGACGAAGGGAGCUCUGGUGUCAGAGAUAUUGGGCAACACAAGAGCAGCCAAAGAUCCGUUCUUGGAGGGCUGGAGCAAGGAGUCUACUAAGUCUCCCGGCUUGCUCCCUGGACUGAAACGGAAGCGCUCGACGGUCGAGACAGCGGUUGCAACCGAAGAGUCGUCGCCGCCUCCUGCCAAACCGACACCUGCGUCCAAGAGUCUGGUAGGAUAUGACUCGGAUUCCGACUGA